AUGCGUUUCUAUCAAGCAAUUCUCUCUGCCACUGUGUUAGCAAUCUUUAUUGCUACCACUGUGAAUGCUGAUGUUAGCGUGCAACAAAUCGAAGGUGUCAAACGCUUCUCCAAGCGUCAAGAUGCUGUUCCUCCAAGCACAACUACUACGGGCACAGAUCAACCAUUGCCUGAUCCAAACAAUCCUCAACCUUUACCUGAUCCAAGCAAUCCUCAACCUUUACCUGAUCCAAAUGUGCAACCGGUUCCAGACCCAAACGUGCAACCAGCUCCGGAUCCGAAUGUUCAACCUGCACCAUUGCCAGAUCCGAAUGUGCAACCUCCUGCUCCUGGACCGUUGCCUUCGCCUAAUCCGCAACCUCUUCCUGGUCCAGGAACGGGUCCACUCCCUUCUCCACCUCCUGUUCCAGGUCCAGGUCCAGGUGUUGGUCCAGGUCCAGGUGUAGGUCCUGUUCCUCCUCCUGUUCCUGGCCCAGGUCCAGGUGUAGGUCCUGUUCCUCCUCCUGUUCCUGGCCCAGGUCCAAUUCCCGUUCCAGGUCCUCAACCUGCUCCGCCACCGCCAAAUCCUGAAGGUGCUCCUCCAUUGCCAGUUGAUCCGCCUGUCAAUCCUCCAGCUGCUUUGCCAUCUACAAUGUGA